ACACUCUAAAACUUGUGGUUGCAUACUUGCAUUAAUAUUCCAUACCCCCUCCCCCCUCUCUUGUUUCCAUCAACCAUUAUUUAGCAAUUCGGGUCGAGUUGGGUCCGGUCACUCUUUUCAAUAUUUCAUAUCAUAUCAUAUCAUAUCAAAUUCACAAUGGCUGAGUCAAGCACCACUGCAUUACCCGACCCAUUUCCCAAACAACCCGAGUCACUCGAACCCAACCCGAAAAGGUUGAAGCGGGUUCGAGAUGAUCCGGAUCAUGAAGAUGGAAGCUCAAACACUAAUAAUAGUAAGCAUCCGGUUUAUAGAGGGGUCCGGAUGCGGGCAUGGGGCAAAUGGGUAUCCGAGAUCCGAGAACCCAAGAAAAAAUCCCGGAUCUGGCUCGGUACUUUCGCUAACCCGGAAAUGGCCGCACGUGCACACGACGUCGCCGCACUUUCAAUCAAAGGAAAGUCGGCGAUCCUUAAUUUCCCAGAACUCAAACAUCUUUUGCCCCGACCCGAAUCAUGCACGCCACGCGACAUUCAAGCCGCCGCCACUAAAGCCGCUUCAAUGGACCAUCUUAACCCAACAACAACAACACCGCCGUCAACACCGUCCACGUCAUCCUCGUCCACGUACUCGGCAGCGUCCACGUUGACAUCGUCGAGUUCUACGACGUCGUUGGUUAUGUCGGAUGAAGUUUCAACUGGCGCGCCGACGACGACGGCUGAGGAGCUGAGUGAGAUAGUGGAAUUACCGAGUUUGGGAACGAGUUAUGACUCAACUGAGUCGAGAGACGAUUUUGUGUUUGUUGACUCAGUUUGGGACUACUACUCGUCGCCACCGUGGCCGUCGGUUUAUGACGUAGGGUAUUUCGGCGGUGAGCCGCCGGCUAAUGUUGUAUCCUCUGGUGGCUUCUUCUUUGAUGCGUUAUUAUGGCAACAUUAAUAAAACUCAAAAAAGAAAACAAAAUGAAGAAAAGAUGGUUUGUGUGCUUUUCUUUUUCUUUCUUUUUUUUUUUUUUGGAUUUUGUUUGGGUGUUUCCUCUUUUGUUCAAUAUAAUACUUUUUUUUUUGUUUUAUUUCUAAUUGUUAGAUGGUCCAUUUUUCUUUCUUUUUGUUUUAUCUUCUAAACUAAUUUGAGGUGUAUAUUAAUUAAUGUGUUGUGUUUAAAAUAAUGUUUUUUUUUUAUAUUUUGUGUAUUUGAGCAUUUGUAUC